CAUGAGCGGGGACGGAAGUAAUGUUGCUUUAUGGAUAACUACCCUUCCAAAUACAAUAGCUUGUGAAUAUUCGUCUUUACUACUUGUGUAGCGUUCUUAAAUCGUAGAACAUUCGUGAAUACAUUACGUUAAGAAAUCGAAACGUAUAACCUGGCUGUUUACGGUUCUAUGAAGUAAACGUAGCUUUGAAAUAAUAACGUUAGCCGUUAGCUAGGACCGUAGCCGAUUGACAAUAACGUUACCACAUGCACAAAAUGAAUGGGCGUGUGUGAAUUUAUUUGUUUAUAACAGUUUUUCCGUUUGACGGGUUGUGAAAAGCGUUAAUAUAACAACAUACAACGUUGAGUAGCCAUGACUACUGGUGCUGAUGUCAGGGAUAUUCUUGAGCUGACCGGAGGGGAGAAUGAUGGUCCCAUCAGCAAGAAAGACCUCAUCAACUCAGACAAGAAAAAAUCCAAGAAGUCAACAGAAACGCUGACCUUCAAGAGACCUGAGGGAAUGCACAGAGAGGUCUACGCUCUGCUCUAUUCAGAUAAGAAAGAUGCACCUCCUCUGCUGCCUAGCGAUACUACUCAAGGGUAUAGGACAGUCAAAGCCAAGCUAGGCUGUAAAAAGGUUCGGCCCUGGAAGUGGAUGCCCUUUACAAAUCCAGCUCGCAGGGAUGGGGCCAUAUUCCAUCACUGGAGACGUGUGGCAGAGGAGGGCAAGGACUACCCUUUUGCUCGCUUCAACAAGACAGUGCAGGUACCAGUGUAUUCAGAGCAGGAGUAUCAAAUGCAUCUCCAUGACGAUGGCUGGACUAAAGGAGAGACAGACCACCUGUUUGACUUGUGUAAACGCUUUGAUCUUCGCUUCAUAGUUGUGCACGACCGCUACGACCACCAACAAUACAGAAAACGUUCCGUGGAAGACCUAAAGGAACGAUAUUAUAGUAUUUGUGGUAAGCUCACCAAAGUACGUGCCGCAUCAGGGACAGAGCCCAAGAUAUAUAUCUUUGAUGCUGGACAUGAAAGACGUCGUAAAGAUCAGCUGGAAAAGCUCUUCAAUCGCACACCUGAGCAAGUGGCAGAGGAGGAAUAUCUUAUUCAGGAACUCAGGAAGAUUGAAACAAGGAAAAAAGAGCGUGAGAAGAAAGCCCAGGAUCUGCAGAAGCUCAUCAAAGCAGCGGACACAACUACAGAGUUAAGGCGAGCUGAGAAGAGGGUUUCCAAGAAGAAGCUCCCACAAAAAAGAGAAACAGAAAAACCGGCUGUUCCAGAGACGGCUGGCAUCAAGUUCCCUGAUUUCAAAUCCGCUGGAGUCACACUUCGCAGUCAGAGGAUGAAACUGCCAAGCUCAGUAGGCCAGAAGAAGAUCAAGGCCAUUGAGCAGAUCCUGGUAGAGCAAGGAGUGGAUCUUAACCCAAUGCCUACAGAGGAGAUCGUACAAAUGUUCAAUGAGCUUCGUAGCGACCUGGUGCUGCUUUAUGAAUUGAAGCAGGCCCACAGCAAUUGUGAGUAUGAACAACAGAUGCUGCGUCAUCGCUACGAGGCCCUGCUGAAGGCGGGCGGCGGGGGCGGGUGUGGUGGAGCCAUUGGGGCCGGACUUGCCAGUAUGCAGCAGAGUGGGGAACUCAACGCCACAAACACUAUAGUAUCCACCCCAGUGGGCGAAGCUCAGCCCUGGCUCAGCACAGAUGACAUCAAAGUAGAAGCUAAGGAGCAGAUCAUUGACGUUGUUGGAGCACCGCUUACCCCUAACUCUCGCAAACGGAGAGAAUCUGCAUCCAGCUCGUCUUCAGUGAAAAAGGUGAAGAAGCCUUGAUAGGAGUGACACUGAAAAGCAAAGGACUGUGUUACUUAUUGUGAAGAUACCCAUAAGUGUAAAGGCUGGACAAGAGAAAGGAGCCGGACACUGUAACGCUGUCUGUUUACGUAGAAGUACUACAACUUUUCACCUACUAACGAGACCUCUCCAACCUUUCCCCGCCUGGUCUGUCCAACAUCGCCGUGACAAAGGCAACAACUGAGUGACAUUUCAUUCCAUUACUGCUCGUCUCCCUGCCUCCACCACUGCUUGGCCUUAGAUGAGGCAAGAUCAACUGUAAAUUGCCAGGCUGAGCUAAUCGGGACGUGUGGAAGGCGGUGGGAAUGACCGGGUAAUUGAAAUGAAUUGGAAUGAAAGAACAGAGUCUGGGAGUGGGAGGACCUCGAGCUGCAAUGCUCAUUUGACCCAUCUUGAGUUUUUGUUUUUUUGUUUUUUUAUUUUUUUCUCCGUAGCCUAAUCAUGCCAUAGUGUUUACUGGAUAUGUGCUUUUGUGUUAGCCUGUAGUGCUGCCUCCCUCUGGAACUUCAGUUAAAUUUGUUCUCUUGUGGAAGCCGCUGCCACUUCCAUCUGCACAUUCUUUAUGGUGGACUUCUAGGGCUGAUUUAUGUUGUUUGUCCUCAGGUGACCUUAAAGAUUCUUUAAUAAAUGAUUCAAUAAAUAUCAAAAUUUCUCCUCUUACUGCA